GGUGUUAUCAUAUUCCAGUCAAGGUCAUCAGAGUAUUCCGCUAAAAAGUCCAUUGUGUCCUGUUUGCUACCAAACACCCCGAUUAGGAAUGAGCUGCUGGAUUUGUGGUCGGUUAUUUUAAAUCAUAUAGAGACCAUGAAAACUCGUGGAUCAGUAACAUGUUUUUUUGCAUCGACAUCUCCUUGCACUGAGCUGUUUUAUGAUGGUAAACGGAAGAACAAUGCGAUCUACAAGAAGUUUUCUCAAACACUUGAUUCAGAGAUUGCCAGCCUGUCCAGUUAUCAGUUGAAGCAAAUAUCA